CUGGCGUUGCUGAAACCAGCAGGCCCUCCUGUGAACGGCCGCCGCCGCCGCCGCCGCCACCGAACCCUGACCAGCCAUGGCCCCGCCGCGGAAGAAGAGCUCCCAUCAGUCCGCUCCUACCACCAUACUCGCCCUCAGCGACGACCUCCUGCGCGAGGUGCUCCUCCGCCUCCCCUCCCUCCCGACCCUCGUCCGCGCCGCUUUCGCCUGCCCCGCUUUCCUCCGCGCCGUCCGUUCAUCCCCCGCCUUCCGCCGCCGCUUCCGCGACCUCCACUCGCCCACCAUCCUCGGCGCAUUCCUCGUCGACGACGAGCCCACCACGCCUACCUUCGCGCCCGUGCGCCUCCGCGGCCGCCGCUCCGACCCGGACCACGCCGCCGCCCUUCGCGGCCUCGAUGUCUUCCUUACCCGUCUCCCCGAUGCUAUCGGUGUCAAAAAGGACGACGCCGAGGACGCCGAAGACGACGACGAAGAUGUCCAAGAUGAAGAAGAUGACGACGACGAAGAAGAUGACGCCGACGAAGACGAAGACGAUGAAGAAGAUGCUAUCGGUGUAAAAAAGGACGACGCCGAAGACGAAGACGAAGAUGUCCAAGAUGAGGAAGAUGGCGACGAUGAAGAAGACGAUGAGCCCCCCAUGCCCACCUUCGCGCCAAUGCUCCUCAAAAAAGUAGCCCAAGACGAAGACGAAGAUGAAGACGAAGGGUGGUCAAUGUUGGGGUGCCGCGAUGGGUACGUCCUUCUCGUCACGCCGCGAUGGAACACCAAGAAGGUGGCCGUCUACGAUCCCCUCACAGGGGCCCUGCAUCUCUUCCCCGGCCCGCCCGAUGAGGUGUUCAGCGCUGACCCCGAAAUCGAAUACACUGUAGCUGAGUUCCACGUGAUCCCCUCCGAAGCUGACGACCGGUCGUUUCGCGUGCUCUGCGUCCCCAAGGAAGACGGGGGGAAGCAGAUCGCCGUCUUGUCACCGGACACCAGGGAGUGGCAGAUUUCCCCAACACCAUGGAGCCUCCAGGAUGCAGACAAUGUUAAGCUAGUGAGGAACGGGCUUGUUUACUGGGCAUGUUAUUCAGACCAACACGAUUAUAUCCCUGUGCUGAACACUGCAACAAUGCAGUUCUCUCAAACUGGGAUGCCGCCAACUGUGCCUUCCUGUGUCUUAGGUGAGACCAAGGAUGGGAAGCUCUGUUUGGCUCGUGCACAUGACGGUAACCUUGAGCUUAUGGUUUGGUUCCUAAGGGCCGGUCGUGAUGGCAUCGAUAAAUGGAUGAAGAACGGGACAUUUCAGAUGGUGAAUGCGAUGGAUAAGCUCACUCUGAACAUUAUAGACGAGUGUCCUUCGCUGAAUGUCGUGGCUAUUGUGGGUGGCUUUGUGUAUCUGACUAUUCACCAGAAUGGGCCUCCUAACUGGCUCCUAUCCUUCUGCAUUGAAACAAGGGAGCUGCAGAAGCUCUGCCGGAUCACUACCUCCGAGUUCUGCUAUCCCUACAUCAUGGCGUGGCCUCCCUCUUUGUUACCCAGGAAGACAACCGCCUUAUCCAGUUAAAAGUAUGACUGAGCUGCCCGAAACUACAUAGCUUGAAUGGUUAGAAACUGGAAUGCAAGGUUACUGUAGGUGCUACAGCAUGCGGGUCUUGUUGAUCCACAAGGAGAAUCUGAACUAUCUUCAGCUAUAACUUGUAUCUGUUUGUGGAACUUCCUUAGAACUGUCAAGCGGCAAGCAAAUAUGUAAUGAUGCCAUGCUGUUGUUGAACUAUCUUCAGCUAUAACUUGUAUCUGUUUGUGGAACUUCCUUAGAACUUCAAUGAAACAACGGAUGAUGAUGUUGAAGCUCCAUACUUUCGUCUAUAACAGCUUAAGUGCUACUUUCUUUUUUUUGAGCUUGCAAAUGAUCUCCCAUCAGAUAUUACACUGGUGCUUCUACUUUGUUUGGGAUGGGUGGUUUUUGACAGGUUUGUGUGAAACUGUUGAUGAAAACCCCUACUUGAGUGUCACUGGUAGUUUGGAACAAGAUGAGUUAUCUUCGUUUUGAAGAACCGAAUACCUGUAAUCAAAAUUGCACAA